UGACCCUUGACCUUUGAAUGGUGGAUUCACAUACCUUACUUUAGCAUUUUCUAAUCAACUAGUACCAAAAAGUUUACUGAAUCGAUUUAGCAAAGUUUAAAAAGUUCUUUAAUCAAAUAUCAAUGGAAUGCUGUUCGUUUUUAUCAUAAGAAACGAGAAAGAAAGCACGAAGGUGGGAGCAAAGAUGUCUAACUGAAGCUAUGAGGAUGCUAACUGCUAACAUGGCUGAGGACUGGUGGUCAAACAUGGAGGAUAAAGAGCUCAACGAGGAUGACGGUGACUAAGAGGACGAGCUACACAAGCUACACUCUCGAUGCGCGCGCGGAUCAUCCUGCACAGAAUCCCUCCACCCCGGGCCCACCUUCAACUUUCUCACUCCAGUGACGUCUCUCACAGGGGGAUUAGAGAUUAGGAUCUGGAGCAGCGCGCGGCCGUUGCAUAAUUAACUCCACCACGAGGAAUUGAGUUGUUCCUCAGUCGCGUCGCGAGCUCCCGAUGAAGUGGCACAACGUGGGCGGCGCGUCGAGGAGGCGCAGCGGCGCAGGACUCACAGUCAGGCUGGAUGUGCAGCAGCGGGGCAUGACGGUGCAGCUCCGGGUAUCCUGCGGACUAAAGCAUGCUUUCAAAGGGACUCCUGGUUCCGGGCCAGGACUGAAGGCUCCUGCAGCGUUCGUGUGAUGGUGCGCGUCUCUCCAAGGUGGAUUCAGUUUCCAGUGCGGUAAUACAAACUGACAGAAGGACUUCAGCCCGAGUAUUCAGGACAAACGGACCCAAUCAGAGAGGACAGUUCAUCACCUGAAGACCUGCUGACACACUUCAUUCCUCUGGAUGGAUCAGAACCUCUGAUUUGAUCCGGACAGCUCAUCCGGAGUCCUGAUUCCGGCUGCGCGCGCUCUCUCCGCUGACACUGGUGACAUUUCCAACAACAACAUAUUUCUGUCACCUUCGGCACAUCAUCGUGUUUGUGCCACUUUAUCUCUCCGCACAGUUAAACUCACAGGAUAAUCUGAGUGAAGGAGGUUAAAGGGAAGAAGUCAAGUCACAGGAAGACAUUUAAAGACACGUGAACAUUAUGUGAAGACUAAAGGAGUGGAAAUGCGUCGCAAAUGCUUCUAUCUGCUCGAGGUUUGUGCCAUCGUGAGCCUCCUGCCCUCGGGCUCGUAUGCAGAUCUGACGUGUGAAGCUCUUCUCCUGCUGUCCGGAAACGUCUCGUUACAAUCCCUGGCCUCCUCCUGGAACCAAACCCUGAGCAAUGCAUCCAGCCAGUGGAGCGGCUCGGGGGUUUUCUGUGAAACCUCCAUUGAUGGCAUUGGCACCUGCUGGCCCAGGAGCAGCGCUGGGCAGAUGGUGUCACGACCCUGUCCGGAGAUGUUCUACGGUGUCAGAUACAACACCACCAAUAAUGUUUACAGGAAGUGUCUGGCUAACGGGACGUGGGCGCUGAAGGGGAACUACUCCAUGUGUAAGGCCAUACUUCACGAGGAGUUUGGUACCGACUCACUGACCAGGAAGAAGAACACUGUGCUUUCUGCAGUUCUUCUCCGGCCUGACGCAGCCAGAAAAAAGCCCGGUGAUCAUCAGACUCCCUCGGACUUCCGCCCCGUCUCCUCCAUCAUCGACGUGGACAUCCUGCCUGAGACGCAACGACGUGUCCGCCUCUACAAGCGACAGGAAAAACCGUUGGGCUUCUACAUCCGGGCUGGCUCCAGCGUGCGGGUGACUCCACAGGGCCUGGAGAAGGUCCCAGGGAUCUUCAUCUCUCGAAUGGUUCCCGGGGUGGCCGAGAGCACGGGUCUCCUGGCGGAUGAUGAGGUACUGGAGGUGAACGGUAUUGAGGUGGCUGGGAAGUCUCUGGACCAAGUGACUGACAUGAUGAUCGCUAACAGCCACAACCUCAUCAUCACCGUCAAGCCCGCCAACCAGCGGAACAAUGUUGUUCGCGGUGGAGGAGGGGGAGGCACCGCAUCCGGGAGCUCAGGACGCUUCGACAGCGGCGCCAGCUACUACGGCUACUCGCAGGGUGGGGUCGGCGCGGCCGCCUCCAUGCCGACGCACAUCAUCCAGAACUUUCCUGUUGGAGAUUUUGGACAGCGAUGAAGCGACGAAGAUUUGGUGAUCGACGCGAGAGGAGAAGCCGAGCCCAUCAGACGAGCCGCCUCCAAUUACAGUAUGCCGUCGCUGCCUCGCUACGAGCCCCACCUAAACCUCCGCACCGCCGCCGCCAGCUCGCCUCCACCUCCACGCUCUCCAUCAACGCCAACGGCCACCUUGCCAGCCAGCGGCAGCAGCGGAUCACUCAGCAACACCACGCCGCUUAGCACGCCCUCGCCAGAGAGAGCAACGGACAGGCGGAGUCUGGAAGAGGACGGCACUGUAAUAACUCUAUAGACUGGACUUUCACACGAAACACUGGGAACCACUUCAACACUGCUACACACACUCGAGGGAGUCCGAACAUAAGACAAGGGAACAUCCUGCACCGUCAAACAACUGAGAAGCACAAUGAACAGUGUACAUGUUUAAUCUCUACAUUGAGCUUGUAGUUUUAAACAUGUUGACAUGUGAACCGCUGCACCCGAAGCCAAUGACCACAUGUGUGCCAUAGUGGGGAAGCCCUGUG